CCAAAGUACCAAGGCAAAGACAUUCCACAGAUGGAGCAUGCCAUCGACCAGAACCUCCUCACCUGGCUGGAUUAUAUUCAGAUGCACGCCGUGACAACGCCAGGCCGCCACGUUGCAUUCGAUAUGGCGCGAAGCAUACAAUGGCUGCUAUUUGAUAUGGUGUGCCACUUAUGUCUCGGCCACCCCCUGGGAUUCAUCGACCAUCAUGAAGACUGUUAUGGAUUUCAGAAUGUCCUAGAAACCCGCCUGCCCAUCGUGGAGAAAUUUGCUAUCUUCACUGAAAUCAACACCUGGAUCAAGAUGAUCUCCCACAUACCGAUAGUGCGUAGGGUAUUACCCUCACCUAAGGAUAAGGACGGUAUCGGAGCAAUCAUGGGGGUCGCUCAGAAAACAGUCAACGCCCGCAUAGCACAGGGCAUUCCGCCAAAGCAUAACGAGACAAUGCUAGAUUCAUGGCUUUGCAACGGGGUUGACGGAUCGUUGGCAGUCACAGAAGUUACAAUUGCCCUCUUCGCCGGCUCCGACACAACCGCCACCUCCAUCCGCGCCCUCCUCCUGCACAUCAUCACCAACCCCCUAGUCUACAAACGCCUAACCGACGAAAUCCGCAAUGCAGCCACCACAACCCCCAUAAUAACCGAACGAGAAACCAAAUCCCUCCCCUACCUCCAAGCCUGCAUCCUCGAAGGCCUACGCAUCUUCCCACCCAUCACGGCACUACGCGAGCGCGUAGUCCAUCCCGGAGGCGAUACUCUAAACGGAGUAUACGUCCCCGAAGGUACGAACAUAGGGCUCAAUCUCCCGGGUUUGUUACGGAACGAGGUAUUUGGGCCAGACGUGGAUGUGUUUCGUCCAGAGAGGUGGUUGGAGGCGACGCCCGAGCAGAGACAGCGUAUGGAUCGGGUGCAUGAGCUGAUGUUUAAUUGGGGGAGUACGAGGUGUUUGGGAAUUCGGUUGGCAGUGAUGAUGAUGGGUAAGGUGGUGGUCGAGGUGUUGAGGAGGUGGGAUGUGGUGGCUUUGAGGCCACAGAGGCCGUGGAGGAGUCGGUGCCAUGGGAUCUUUUUGCAGAGGGACUUCGAGGUGCGUGUUGUGGAUGUGGUGAGGGAAUCUGAGAGGUAG